UUGGUCUUUCUUCGCUCGUGCUGCUCGAGUAGAGCAUCAGGAAGAGCAGCGUCUGAAAUGUUGGGCAGCCCGGGUAUCCAAUCGGUUACUUUGAGAUUUGGUAACCUCCACAACUGCUUUCUACACGUGUCUCCCAAUGUGGUAGCUCUUCUGCGACUUCAGGAGAAUCAAGCCAUUGAGCUGUCCUGGGGUUCCCAUCAUUCUGCAUUUCUCAGUUGGACUGGAGGUCGUCAAAGUUCCUUUCAUGGAGAAAAUAUUGUAGAAGUGAACAGACAGUUUGCAGAAAAACUUGGAAUUGAAGAUGGAGAAGAGGCUUUUCUUAAACCUUGCCAGCAUGUCUCAUCUGUACAGCAAGUAUUUGUGGAGCCCAUUUCUCCAGAUGACUGGGAAAUAUUGGAGCUUCACAGCGCAUCUCUUGAAGAAAGUCUUUUGGACCAAAUUAGAAUAAUUUACCCUAAUGGAAUUUUCCCAGUGUGGGUUAACCAACAUACAGCUAUUUACAUAAAAAUUGAAUCAAUGACACCUGCAUGUUCUUAUGGUCGACUAGAACGGCUCACAGAAUUGGUCAUUUCUCCUAAAUUGCGGAAGGCAGAACGAGCAUCUUCAGGUUUCCCUUUCACAUCUGAUAAGCAACAAAGGAUAUUAAAAGAGGAUGCUUUUGAUACUGUAACUGCUAAGGCAGCAUUGGAAGAUGUAACACUUAAGAAACAACCAGAAGAGACAUCAAAAAAUAUUGAAAACUAUCAGCUGUCUACAUCUAGACAAGUAACAGAUUUGAGAAGCUUAUUUAGGUACUUGUUUUCCAGUCGAUUGGAGAGCAAUAAAUUGACUCCUUCCAUUCCAUCAAUUCCAUCAGUGCUAACAGAUUCAAUAUUCAGGGUCUGCAGAACUUCACCUCUUUCUUCUAACAGCUUGAAUCAACUAGAAAUAAGCUGCUCAAAUACAAUCCAUGUUCUUCCAUGGCACUAUCAGCCACAAAGAGGAGAUUGCUGCCAGUUUAAAUUAACAUGUGGCAGACUCACCAAACUUUUGUCAAUCAGGGAAAAGUCAAAGCAGGAUUCUCACAGAAAAAAAAAGAAAGAACAAAGUUCCAACAAAGAGAAUCAGACAUCUUCUAGUGAUGGGGUGAAAGAAACUAAUUCAGCUGUUGUUCGUGUUAUAUGUCAUGGAGCUGAAGACUUAUUGUCUGCUCAGAAAUGUAUCAGAACUCAAAAACUGUACAGUGGGAAGGUGUGGAUUUCAGAAAGCUUGAGGAAAAGGUUGAAUGUUGAAUUGUGUUCAGCUGUAAGAAUAUGUCCCUUGAAUUCCAAACCAAGAUUAGUGGCUGCCCUUAGGCUACAGCCACUUCAAAAUGUGAAAAUAAAUGAACAAGAUGUGAAAUCGGCUUUCUUUGAUUGGCUUCAUACUCAGAGUAACGAGGAGCUCCCCUGGUUAACAGGCAGAUUUAACGGGGUCCAGCUACGAGUUAAUGAAGUACAAACAGAAUUUUCUCUAUCUGUGAUUCAGCCAAGUGCAAAUGAUGAUGAACAAAGUGAAGUUUUCUUUUUGUUACCCAGUCUGUUAGAAAAGAUUGAUGUACAGGUCACCAUGGAGCCUUUGACAACAGAAUUGCAAAAGUCAGAUGAGUUCAACCAGCUGCUCAGUUUCCCAGUUUUGGACCACUUGGGGGGCAUUGGUAAUCUGAGCCAAGAAACCUUUGAACACAUUUCUCAUAGCUUGAUGGGGCAUCCUUUUUCUCAGGAGUUCAUGGUUCAGUCACUGGGACUUCGAAAUGGGGGUCUUCUUUUAACUGGGUCAAAGGGCAGUGGAAAGACAUCCCUUGCUAAGGCACUCUGUAGGAAAGCUGCUGAAAGCUUAGAUGCAUAUGUAGAAGUAAUUGAAUGCAAACAGCUUCAAGGAAAAAGAGUAGAGACUGUGCGUAAGAAACUGGAGGAUGUGUUUGCAGAAGCAGUGUGGAGGCAACCAUCCAUAAUUUUUCUUGACGACUUAGAACAUAUUGCUGGAUCUGCUUCUUCUCCAGAGCUUGAGCAGAGCCCUGAUGCAAUGAUGAGCAAACAAAUAGCACAAGUUUUGAAGGACCUGGUUAAUGAAGCAGUUGCUUAUGGAAGUCUUAUUGCAUUAAUUGCUACAUGUCAAAGUGAACCUUCUUUAGACCAGUCUCUUCUGAUGGUGCAGGGCUCACACUUUUUCCAGUGUUUUAAAAGUAUUCAUCCACCCAAUCAGGUCCAGCGAAGUGAAUUGUUAUGUUGUGUUACAAAGAACAAAACCAAUGUUAAUGAAGGAAGUCUACAAAUGGUCGAUAUCCAGUCCGUUGCGAAGGAAACUGAAGGCUUUGUGGCUGCUGAUUUUGUGGUCCUUGUUGAAAGAGCAGUACAUGCCAACAUGAGCAGUAACAGGAGCACUUCACAAGGUGUCUUUUUAUCAACCAGUGAUUUUCAGCAAGCACUUAAAGGAUUUAUGCCAACAUCUUUGAGAAAUGCUAACCUACAUACUCCUCAACAAAUUGGCUGGAACCAUAUUGGUGGCUUGUAUGAAGUCAAACAACUGUUAAUGGAUACUAUUCAGUUACCAGGAAAGUACCCUGCUUUAUUCUCCAAUUUGCCAAUACGCCACAGAUCUGGUGUGCUGCUGUAUGGUGCACCAGGUACAGGAAAAACUCUUUUAGCUGGAGCCACAGCAAAAGAAAGUGGUAUGAACUUCAUUAAAAUUAAGGGUCCUGAGCUUCUUAGUAAAUACAUUGGUGCAAGUGAGCAGGCUGUUCGAGAUGUUUUUAGUCGGGCCCGGGCUGCCAAACCUUGCCUCUUGUUUUUUGAUGAGUUUGACUCCAUUGCCCCUCGUCGAGGCCAUGACAACACAGGGGUCACAGACAGAGUAGUUAACCAACUGCUUACUGAACUCGAUGGUGUCGAAGGAUUAUCUGGUGUAUAUGUUUUGGCAGCCACCAGUCGCCCUGACUUAAUAGACCCAGCUCUCUUAAGACCAGGACGAAUUGAUAAGUCCGUGUACUGCCCUCCUCCUGAUCAGGUAGGUCGACUAGAAAUCCUCAAAGCCCUUAGUCUCUCAGUACCUCUGGCUAGAGACGUGGACUUUGAGAUCAUUGCCUGCAACACAGAAUUCUUUACUGGGGCUGACCUGAAGGCUUUGCUCUAUAAUGCCCAGCUAGAAGCAAUUCACAGCAACCUGGCUGCAGGCCCUUUCCAUGACCUGGGUUCCGGUUCUGACAGUGAUGUCAGCCUGUCUUCAAUGAUCUUCUUGAACCACAGCAGUGGCUCGGAUGAUUCUUCUGGCGAGGUAGAAGGAACCCUGGAGAACCCCAUCAUGUGCCCCGACUCUACAGAGUUACUUUCUGAAGACCCUCAGCAGAAUAUCUGGCGUCUGUAUUUUGGCAGUUCUUAUGAGUCAGAGCUGGGAAAUAAGACCCCCUCAGAACUGAACUCUCAAUGCUUGUCAGGACCAAACUCACUGACACAUGAUUUCACUGGAGCCUCAAUGAGAGACUUGACAUCCUUCCACGCUCCGGUUUUGAUGACAUCCCUUCAAGACGGUUUCCAGGAACUUAGUGCCGAGCAAAUGGAGCAAUUGAGUUUGGAGAUCAACAAUAUUAAAACCAACUGCAGGAUCAGAAAUACGGAGGACAUUUCUCACAUGCAGUCCGCACAGAGCAAACCUGCCAUCUUAAUCUGUCAGGCUCACCUCUUGGCUGCAUUGGCAAAUACAAAAUGCUCGAUAUCCCAACAAGCGUGGAACAAAUAUACAGAUCUGUACGGGAACUUUGGAUAUUCGAGGGAUGGCAAGUCUAAGAGUGGAUCAUUUUUAAAGCCUGGACAGCGGGUUACUUUAGCGUAGGCCUUCUCUUUGCUGAUUGUAAAAGCAGGAGACUCGGAGAAGCUCUGUUUCAGAACACUCUGUUUCCGUAUUAUUAUAGAAACAAUAAUAACAAUGGCUGGUGUUCUCUUCAUCCAAUAAGAUUAGUGUGUUCAGUGCUGUACAGAAAAGUCAAUGUAUAUCUGCCACGCAUUCAAAACACUAAGUAAUGCGUUCACUUUUUUCAUUUGUGAAGCUUUAAAUUAAAUUAAUAUGAUGUAAAUAUGCCCAAGGCAAAAGAACUGAUUGAACAAGGGAAAAUAAAUCAAAUAUUGACAUAUUUAUAUAGGUAACAUUAUAAGAUAUACUUCAAUAAACUCCAGAUUGCAUUCUUCAUAAAAUCCAAUAACAAAUAAUGCUAAUUACUUGUAUAUAAUUUGUUAUUAUGAAAAAUAUUUUAUUAGGCUAAAAAUCAUAUUGAUUUACAUUUGUAAGUUAUAUAGCAAUUGUUUUAUAUAAAAAGAUUGACUAAGGUUACAUUUUCCAAGCCCUUCGGCCUGCCAAACAGAUGUAAUAUGGACGGUCAUAAGUAAGACACCGGUAAACGUUAUUUCCAGGCUUCAUAAUCAAGUUUGAGACAGCAGCAUCUCGAAAUUUCAGGGUGGCCGUAACCCGUAAGCUGUCCAUUCUUUUGGAGUCAUUCGUUAUCUGAGCCUUUCAAUGACUUUAUAGAGUCUAUAAUCACUUCUCAAUCAUUUGUUUUAAAAUUUAGAUAACAUUAACAAAAUCUAAUAAGUGUGCCCCAAAGCCUUCAUGGGAUGUUGACAGAUUUUGUUUAAUUGUAUUUGUCAUUGUUUACACCAGCAAGUUGCUAAUUGAUUGCUUGUUCAAACAGACUCCUACAUUUGCCACGGUGGUAACGAGUCACCACACUGGAUGGUGAAACCUGCCACAUGUUACCCAGUUUCUCUGUUAUUAGUCUUGUUUGUUUUCUGUGUGUAAUGAAGGCAAGUGUGUGGCUCUGAGGUAUUGACGUUCCCCAUCUAUUGGUCUCUACCUUGUGCACUAUAACUCAAGAACAGAAUGAGCUGCAGAAAGCUACUUUUCAGGAAGAGUUUCGGUGGCUGGUUAGAAAGAUCUCCGCCAAGCUUGGUGUCCAGCAGCUGGAAAGGUAGGAGGAGAGAGCAGGUAGGAGAACACCAUCGUGGGGCUUAUUUAUGCUAGAGGUGGUGCUGCUGUUUUCUUCAUUUAGCUGCUUUGCAUUUAGAUCUCUUAUCAUGCAUGCACAGAUAUUUCUUUAUUGGGGAUGAUAAAGAGGACAGUUUGUAGUCAACUUCGUAUUAGCAGUCACUGUACCACUAAGGAAAAUGUUGUGAUUAUCUCUUUUAUUGAAAACCUUAGAUGAGGAACCACCAAUUAUGCCCCUCUUGUAUUGACUCUUGUGUAUGUACAAUCCUAAUUAUUGUGAGAAAAUAACCUAGUUGUCCAAAAUUUCCUUUUGCUGAAUGUUAUUUGUUUUGUAUCCAAUAUAAUUGUUUACAGAAUAUUUGUUUACUGUAUAAUGUGAAGUUGAAAAUCUACAGUUAAAGCCAAAUAUUUUGCUUUGUAAUUAAUAUAGUAUUUACAUUUUUCAUACUGUUAAUAUGAGUAUGCUUACUAUAAAGAAAUCUGACUUUAAUUUAUUCAAUAAUAAAAGUAAUUAAAAUA